AUGAGGCACACUCAUGAAAUACGGCAGUUUAAUUGUGGGAUCUUGGAUUUAAACGGACUGAUUGCAAGUAGCUCAACUGUCAAUUAUCCUGUCAAUUGGAUUACUGAAGAAGAUAUUAUUACUUCCAACUGUGUCACAAUAGUGAUUGGAGUUUGUUACUUCAAUGAGAACAAUUUAAAUCGGGUAUUAAAAGGAUGGAUAGAUGGAAAUAAUCCAAGAAUGACAAUUUUCACUCUAGCAGUAAAACGUCUUGAUUUUGAGUUGUUAUUAGAUGGAAUUGAGUUUGAAGAAAAGGAUGAAUCUCUUAAACGAACGUUCGAGUCGGAAUAUAUGGCAGGAAAACUUAUGUACGAAUUUGAAGGAGGAUUUGACAUUCGACAGAAAAAUGGCAAACUCGCAACUAUUCAACAGAAAAAAAAACCGUAUAAAAAUGGAGAGGAGCAGAUAUUUUGGUUCGUAAUGGCAGUGUGGCCGAACAAUGCUUGA